CACCUUAUUCUUCCAGGUAGCUAGGAUUACGGCUCUGUGCCAGCAAAGUCAGCAUAGGUGUUAAUUUUUGGAAAUGCACAAUUUACUUAGAACAUACGAUAAUAAAUUUUUUUUGUUACUUAACACACCUUAAAUUAUGCCCUUGAAAAUAAAAGCAAAAUAUAUCAAAGGAGAGUUGUUGCCUGGGAAAGGUCAGGUGAUUUUCAGCCUAGAGGUCUUUCAAAGUAGUUUCUUUGUAAGUUUUGUAUUGCAGGAUUUGCUGUCAGCGUUGUGGGUUUGGCUAAUUGAUAUUGUCAGUCCCUGAAGAUUAGGACUUGGGAGUUAUCUCACUAGAAGUCCACUCCACACUUAAAUGGAGUAUCAACAGUUGAGGAGCUCAAGCCCAGGACAAUGGUGUGCAUUCCUUGUAUCGUCAUUCCAGUUCUGCUCUGGAUCUACAAAAAAUUCCUGGAGCCAUACAUAUACCCUCUGAUUUCCCCCUUCGUUGGUCGUAUAUGGCCUAAAAAAGCUAUACAAGAAACCAAUGAUACAAACAAAGGCAAAGUAGACUGUAAGGGUGCAGACAUGAAUGGAUUACCAACAAAAGGACCAACAGAGAUCUCUGAUAAAAAGAAAGACUAACGCAAUUUCCUAAAGGACCUCGUCAUGUAAAAAAUGGACCUGAUAAUAUUAAGCAUCUUCCUUGUAACUGUCUUGACCUUUUUAUCUGAGACCGGAAUUCAGGAUAGAAGUCUAGAUACUUACUGGAUACUAAUCAGGAAAUACAUAAUAUCUGUAUUUAAAAUGUAGUUAGUUAUAUAGUUAGUUAUAUUUAAUGACCUCAUUCCUAAGUUACUUUCUCAUUAAUGUAGCUUUCAUUUCUGUUGCUGUUGUUUUAAUAAUAUGAUGUAAUAGAAAGUUUGUGCCAGUAGACACUAUAUUACUAAAUCAGCACUUUAAAAUCUUUGGUUCUCUAUCAUUCAUUCAUAUGAAUUUGACUGCUGUUACUGUAAUUUGUUUGGGCUCUUCUGAUUUGAGUGGAGUACAGUUUUGUGAAACUAUGCAGGGAAAUGAAGGUAGAAUUUUGGGAGGUAAUAAUGAUGUGAAACAUAAAGAUAUAAUAAUUACUGUCCAACACAGUAGAGCAGCUUGUUCAUAAAUGUAGUAAUUACUAUUUACUGCUCUGAGGAAGAUUAAAAAAAAAAAAAGAUGGGAAAAGGGGGAAACUUCUUUGAAGAAUGAAACAUCUUUUACAAAUAUAUCUAAUGUAAUUAUACGAUUUUAAUCCUUACUACAUUUCUUCUGUUCCUACAAAUGUAUUAAACAUUCAGCUUCACUGGUA